GUUUUUUUGCGGCGAUUUACAAAGAAUGUGGCACGUUCGGCUCGCCCAACGCCUUAUGCUACAUCGAAGCUGCAGACCGAAGCAUCCAACUGCUCUCUCUACCUGCCCCAUGUCGACUCUCAUACCGGCCCCGCGCGCCGCCGUCUGCGUCAUCGGCAAUGAAGUCCUCACCGGAAAGACGCUGGAUACCAAUUCGCACUGGAUCUCCAAAUUCAUGUUCCGUCGGGGCAUCGAUCUGAAGCGCGUCGUGGUGAUCCCCGAUGAGGAGGAGACCAUCGUGUCCACUGUGCAGGAUUUAUCGCAGAUGGUGGGCCCCAGUGGCUACGUGUUCACGACAGGGGGCAUCGGACCCACCCAUGAUGACAUCACCUACGAGAGUGUGGCAAAAGCGUUUGGGCUUGGCGUUGAGUACCAUCAAGAUACAUUGAAAGGGCUGGAAGAUGCUAUGGCGAACCGUGGAGGAGAGAUGACAGAGGGACGCAAGCGAAUGGCGUUGCUUCCGGCUGGUUGCAAGACGUUGACGACAGACUUCUGGACGCCUAUUGCUGUUGUCGAGAACGUGUAUAUUUUGCCUGGUAUCCCGUCGAUGGUGCGCUCGAUGCUCACGUCAAACGAAGAACACUUCGUUGGUGUACCAAUCUUCCGUGCGAUCGUAAGUGAAUCCACUAAAUCCUUACAAACCUCACCAACCUGA